AAAAUAUAUUCAAACUAUUCCCACACAUCGCGUGGAUCUUUUUCUAGUUUAUAAAUAAAUUGCACUUAGAAAUUAGAGCUUAAGAGUUCCGGACAAAGAAAAAGAAAAAGAGGUUAGAGUUUGCUUGAUAGUACCAAAAGAACACAGAAAAGGAGAAAAAAUGUAAAAAAGAAUUGACUAUUAAAACCUUGCCCCUUGGGAAACCGAUCUGGUCAAACCGUGAUUAAUUUAAGUCAACACAGAUUGAAACUUUCGUCGACUUGCAUUAGAAAAAUCCGAGAAAUUAAUCUGCUAAUAACUUAGUUUUCUUCUCACAAUCUCAAUCGCAAAAGUCUUCGUCUCCUUCCUAAAAUUAGUUUCUAUCUCUCUCUCUCUCUCUCUCUAGCUCUCUCUAUGGAUCCUUGGUCUUCUUCUUACAAUUGGGUAUAUGAUGUUUUCCCGAGCUUCAGUGGGGAAGAUGUCCGCCUAACUUUCCUCAGCCACUUGCUCAAAGAGCUUGAUCGUAAAAUGAUCAUUGCUUUCAAAGACAACGAGAUCCCGAGAGGCCAGUCGCUCGAUCCUGAGCUUAAACAGGCGAUUCGGGAUUCUAGGAUCGCAGUCGUCGUGUUCUCGAAAAAUUACGCCUCUUCGACUUGGUGCCUUAACGAGUUGCUGGAGAUCGUGCAAUACAAGGAAGAGUUUGGUCGUCAAAUGGUGAUACCGGUUUUCUACGAUUUGGAUCCAUCCCACGUGAGGAAACAAACCGGAGACUUUGGAAAGAUAUUUCAAGAGACUUGCAAGAACAAAACAGAGGACGUGAUAAAUCGAUGGAAGAAAGCGUUGACCGACGUUGCUAAUAUCCUCGGAUAUCAUUCUGUAACUCAGGUUAACGAAGCAAAAAUGAUUGAAGAAAUCGCAAAUGAUGUUUCCGGUAAACUGCUUUUAACUACAUCAAAGGAUUUUGAGGACUUUGUCGGCAUCGAGGAUCAUAUUGCAAAUAUGAGCGAAUUGUUGGAACUGGAAUCUGAGGAAGUGAGAAUGCUUGGUAUUUGGGGUUCCUCAGGGAUUGGCAAGACUACCAUCGCAAGAACUCUGUUCAACCGUAUAUCUCGACACUUCCAAGGUAGCAUUUUCAUAGACAGGGCUUUCAUAUCUAAGAGUAUGGAAAGUUACAGUAGAGCCAAUCCGGACGACUAUAACAUGAAAUUGCACUUGCAAGGAAAUUUCCUAUCUAAACUUUUGAAGAAAAAGGACAUAGAGAUAAAUCAUUUAGGUGCAUUGGAAGAGAGACUAAGGCAUCAAAAGGUUCUUAUCUUUAUUGAUGAUUUAGACGAUCUAAUGGUGCUAGAAGUCUUGGCGGGUCAAACUCAAUGGUUUGGAUGUGGGAGCAGAAUCAUUGUGGUUACAACUGAUAAGUAUUUUCUAACGGCCCAUGAUAUUGAUCUUAUUUACGAGGUGGGUCUCCCUCCUAUCAAACUAGCUCUAGAGAUGUUCUGUCGAUCUGCUUUCAAGCAGAAAUAUCCACCUGAUGGUUUGAUGGAGUUUGCUUCCGAAGUUGUAAACCGUGCUGGUAGUCUUCCUUUGGGUCUUAACGUUUUGGGUUCGUCUUUGCGAGGAUUGAACAAGGAUGACUGUAUGAAUAUGCUGCCUAGGUUUCGAAGAAGUCUAGAUGGUAAAAUUGAAAAAACACUUAGAGUCAGCUAUGAUGGGUUAAGUAGAGAAGAAGAUAAAGCGAUAUUCCGACACAUCUCAUGUCUUUUCAAUCAUGUGGAAACCAAAGACAUCAAACUGUUUCUUGCAGAUAGUGAGUUGGAUGUUAAUAUCGGGCUGAAAAACCUAGUUGAUAAGUGCCUCAUUCAUGAAAGAUGGGGUAAAGUGGAGAUGCACUGUUUGCUAGAAGAAAUGGGUAGAAAUAUUGUUCGCAUACAGUCCAUUGACAAGCCUGAAAGACGGGAAUUUCUGGUGGAUUCAAAAGAUAUAUGUGAUGUACUCACUCGAGCCAUUGGUACUCAAAAAGUUUUAGGUAUAUCAUUGGAUACAUGUGAGAUUGAUGAGUUGCAUGUACAUGAGAAUGCUUUCAAAGGGAUGCGUAAUAUCCGUUUCCUAGAAAUAAAGAAAUGUCCUUCCAAAGAAGUCAAUUUGCACUUACCUGAAAGCUUCGACUAUUUACCCCCUAAACUUAAACUAUUGUGUUGGCCCGAUUAUCCAAUGAGAUCUAUGCCUACUACGUUUAGUCCUAAAAACCUCAUCAAGAUCAAAAUGCAGUUUAGCAAGCUAGAAAAGCUAUGGGAAGGAGUUGCGUCGCUUACAUGUCUCAAGGAAAUGGAUUUGUAUGGAUGUGCAUACUUGAAAGAAAUCCCAGAUCUUGCAAUGGCCGCUAAUCUGGAAACACUUAUUCUUGUGUUUUGCGUGAGUUUGGUAAAGCUUUCUUCCUCAGUACAAAAUCUCAACAAACUGACGACAUUGGACAUGAAGUUCUGCAUGAGUCUGGAGACUCUUCCAACCUUCAUUAACCUCAAAUCUCUCAACUACCUUGAUCUCAAAGGAUGCUUGCAGUUGAGGAAUUUACCUGAAAUCUCAAUCAAAAUCUCAAAGCUAAUUCUAAACGAUACAGCCAUUGAACAAAUCCCUUGUAAUUUGCGUCUUGAGAAUCUGGUUGAGCUUCAAAUGAGAAACCUAAUGGGUGAGAAACUAAGGAAAGGGGUGCAGCCGUUUAUGCCCCUCCAGGCGAUGCUGUCUCCCACUUUGACGAAGUUGCAGCUAGAGAAUAUGCCAAGUUUGGUGGAGCUUCCUUCUUCGUUUCAGAAUCUCAAUCAACUAAAAUAUUUGCACAUCCAAUACUGCAUAAAUCUAGAGACUCUGCCCACCGGAAUCAACCUCCAAUCUCUUGUUAACCUUAAUUUCAAGGGAUGCUCACGGUUGAGGAGCUUUCCUGAAAUCUCAACCAACAUCUCAAGUCUCGAUCUAGACGAAACAGGGAUUGAAGAGGUUCCUUGGUGGAUCGAGAACUUCUCUAACCUUGGUUUGCUAAGUAUGGAUCGUUGCAGCAGGCUAAAAUGUGUAUCCUUACACAUUUCUAAACUGAAACAUCUUAAGAAAGCUUACUCUUCUGAUUGUGGGGCAUUGACUAGAGUUGAUUUGAGUGGAUAUGAAAGUGGGGUGGAGAUGAUGGAAGCAGACAAUAUGUCCAAGGAGGCCUCUUCUUCUCUUCCUGAUAGUUGUGUCCCCGAUCUCAAUUUCUGGAACUGCUUCAACUUGGAUCCAGAAACUAUCCUGCGCCAACAAUCAAUUAUUUUCAAUUACAUGAUAUUUCCAGGGAAAGAAGUGCCAUCAUAUUUCACUCAUCGUACAACCGGAAUAUCCUCUCUAACCAUCCCUCUACUCCAUGUUCCUCUCUCCCAGCCAAUCUUCAGAUUUAGGGUUGGUGCAGUGGUAACUAAUAAUGACGAAGUACAUAUCAAGGUAAAAUGUGAGUUCAAAGGCAUAUGUGGGAACAGCUUUGAUGUCUGCUCUGAUUUCUAUGUUUAUACAAAUUACAAGGAAGUUCGGGAGGGUGGUCAUAUGUUAACUAUAUUGGACUGUCGUAUCCCCCUAAACGAAGAUAAUACUCCCUUAGCUCAACGGGACUACGAUCACGUGGAUAUGCAGAUUGAUGCAAGUGAUGAUUGUAUAAAAGGAUGGGGUAUACGACUCUUAGAAGACUGUUCAUCACCGGAGAACCAACUUGGUAAUCUAAUCAAUAUUAAAGGACUUGUGAAGUCUGGAGACAUCAAUGUAGAGACAGAGAGAAGCAGAAAGCGAAUGCGGAUUAUGUAAAGGACCACUAGAGAAACCUCAAGAUGAACACGUACAAGACAUGAAUCUUUGAUUUCGAAUACUGAAAUGAGUAGCUUUGCGAGUUAUGAUGGAACAUGAACAAACAAGGAGGAGACAUGCAGAGAGUUUUAAGGCCGAGAAUUUGGAGAAAGCAAUGUAAAGACAUAGAGGGAAGCAGGAAACGAAACUGGAGUCUUAAUCUGAAUAUAAACAUUACAUAUUACAACACUCUUUCCUUGGGUUGAAGUAGAAACUAUUAUUUAUGAUAGAUCACUUGAUUGUUUCUGUAAAUGAUGUGAAAGGGUAACACAAAAAUCUGCUGCGAUGUACUUAUGCCAAUCUGCAAGAUCACUCGAUAUCACUUUGAAUCUUCGAUUGCCAAUCUGGAGCCCGAGUUAGAUUUAUUUUUGACUUCAAGUUCAAUAUGGAGUAUGUAAUUAGGAAAUUAUGAACACAUUCUGCCACAGCCAUAAAGUUAGUCUAACUUGUAACUCCAUUCGUAGACCUGGAGGAAUUGUAGUAUACUGUCUGCUUGUGUUAGAUUUCAUUAAUUUAAUUUAGCCCAAUGCUAUGUGGAACUUCCAUUUAUCUUUGGACAUGUUUUUCAA